CCGAGAACUGCAAGAAUGUGUUGUUCAUCUCGGCAGACUCAGCUAAGCUUUAUCAUCGUUCGUGUUGCUUGCAGACGUACCUUGUCCUAGACCAAAACAUACAUUAUAAGUACGUGAUAAACGGCAGAACUGCAUUUCUGUGUCAAUAAUGCUUUGUUCGUCAUAUGCUAAGAUUACAGUCAUUAUACAGUUAUGACUAAUUCUUUUAGACAUGAUUAGAUUAGUGCACGAGCAACUGUUUUCGUAAUAAGUGCGCCUAUAUAUCGAAUGUUGUAAGUUGUAACUUGACUUUUUUGCUCCAAUGAGUGUUAUCAUUUCCGAAGUUAGUUUUUCAUCGUUUCAGAAGUCAGAUUUCAACCUGUGUAAAAUGCAAAUGGAUCUAGUUGUUGCCGUCAAACGUUUUAUUACAUAAUAUGCCGCAUUAUCUGACCGUUCCCUGAGAGGAAGUCGGAAACAAAAAGCGCUCGGCUUGAGCGUGAAACGGGCAUUGGAGCAUACAAAAGUAUUCAUGAAAUCAAAUUGAAUUUCUCCUGUGAGCUGUGGGGCUCCCAAAUCUCUUCUAAAACAACAUGUUUCAUCCACGUCUAAAUUUCUAAAGAUAUGUUGCGCUAAAAGUGAUGAAAAUGGCCGUGAUCUGUGAACAGAAUUCAACGGAUUGUAUUGGCGAUCGUUCCGACGGCGUUGUCCUCGCCGAAUCGGUGGCAAGCGUGAUGGUGACGAUUGUCUGUUUCUUUGGAAAUGCUUUGGUUUGUGUUUGUGUGUAUCGCGAUAAACAUCUUCGUACUGUGCCAAAUUUAUUCAUCGUAAAUCUUGCUAUAACCAACAUUCUUCUUUCGUCAACGGUUUGGCCUUUUUGGUCGGUGGCAUUGACGACUGGGAAAUGGUCGUCUACACAAACGGCCUGUAAUUUUCAAGGAUUCCAAAACCACUGUUUGAUGACGUCUUUAACUUUGACGAUAGCAGCGCUGGGCUUGAAUCGAUACAUUAUGUUAGUCUACCCGUUUCACUACCGAAUACUUUUCAAACGACGAAAUGCGUAUAAGAUACUGGUGGUACAAUGGUUCCUGUCCAUGUUCUGGGCAUUUCUACGCUUCGCACAUCUGGGAGGAUACCAAUUCGUGCCAUCGAUUGGUUUAUGUGCAAGCUGCUCUGAGAAACUACCGUCUAUUAUUGAUAUAACUCUACUUAUUCUAACCAAUGUUCUUACUUUAUUUUGUUACUACAAAGUUUUUACAAUCAUAAGAAAACACAUCUCGAGCGUGUUGCCACAAGGCUCGAACACACCAUGGCCGCCGGCAACCGGACCAAAAGCAUAUUACUACGAAGAGGUGAACUUCACCAAAACGUCAAUGCUCAUAUUUUUCGCUUACGGUCUGUCGUGGUCGCCUCUUAUAUUCUUCGCCUUGUUGUUGCUCUCUGGAGUUCAGAUACCGCGGAAUGUUAUAUUGACAUCUUGGUUUUUGGUUGCAUUCAGUUGUGCAACACAUCCCAUCAUAAAUAUCGCAUCCAAUAAACGUUUUCGGAAAGAGUUCUAUCGAGUGUUGUGCUCUUGUGGUUUUGAUUACGAAGCAAACGCGACCACGAGAUUGGAUGGCGAAAUUGUACCAGCGCCAGGGGCCGAAGCUGGUUAAGUUUAUGGUGUAUUUUCAAGAAAUAGUAGAACGUGUAGUUUUGGCGGAAUAUGUUUUGAACCUGAUGUCGAGGCAACUGGAUCUGGGUCAAGCAACUCAAGAUGAAACUUGUAUGUAUGAAAACAGUUAUGGUUAUUUAUGCAUGAUUGUUGAACUAAUUGAUGGAGAUGUUUGUUGAAUGAAAAUGGUAGCCGAACAGAGAUAAAUAUUGUGAAAAAUUGUACGACAAUGAAGAUUGAAGGAUCUUCAGGACCUGGAGAUGGAAGGAUCAAUAGUUCUAUUCCUAGCGAAUUGCACGAAGUGACAUUUUUCACAAUCUCAAUUGUUACUGGUUGGCUAAGGGCGUUGAAAAUUGUAUAGAAGCUUUAUAGUAAAUUUUUACGGUAUGCAAAACAU